UUUUUCUUUUUCGAAUAGAAGUUGAAUUAACCCGACUCGCCGGCGGCACCCUCUCCCUUAUCCUUCAGAAUUGUGCACGACCUCAAAAUAAAGAAAAUUCGUGGAAAAUCUUUACUCCAACAAUGGCGUCCAUUCAGUCCCCAAUUUCUGCCGUAUCAUUCAACAAAGCCAAACGGCCCAGAAGGAGGAUACCCUGUGCAUCACUUUCUCCCGCUCUGAACACAAGGGCCAUGGCGAAGGAGCUGCAUUUCAACCAUGAUGGGUCCACCACGAAGAAGCUUCUGGCAGGGUUGGAACUGGUGGCAGAGCUGGUUGGGGUUACUCUGGGUCCUAAAGGAAGGAAUGUGGUGUUGCAGAAUAAGUAUGGGCCUCCCAAGAUUGUCAAUGAUGGAGAAACUGUCCUCAAACAGAUUGAAUUGGAGGAUCCUCUAGAAAAUGUUGGGGUGAAGCUGAUAAGGCAAGCUGGUGCUAAAACAAAUGAUCUUGCUGGUGAUGGCUCCACUACAUCUAUAAUCCUCGCCCGUGGUCUGAUCACCGAGGGGGUGAAAGUGAGAAAACUGAAUGCAAUCAUUGUUUCUUCAAGAGACUGAUAUAGCUUCAAGUGAUUGCAGCCGGUUUGAACCCUAUCCAAAUUGCUCGCGGGAUUGAGAAGACUGCAACAGCCCUUGUUUUGGAACUCAGAUCCAUGUCAAGAGAGGUUGAGGAUAAUGAGCUUGCUGAUGUUGCUGCAGUUGGUGCAGGGAAUGACUAUGCAGUAGGAAACAUGAUUGCUGAUGCUCUUCAGCAAGUGGGAAAGAAAGGUGUUGUUACAAUUGAACAAGGAAAAAGUACCGAGAAUUGUUUACAAAUCGUGAAAGGAAUGCAAUUCAAUCGCGGAUAUAUGUCUCAUUACUUUGCAACUGAUCGAAGGAAAAGGAUAGUGGAGUUUCAUGAUUGCAAGUUGCUUUUGGUUGACAAAAUAAUCACAAAUCCAAAGGCGAUGUUAAAAUUUUUGGACAAUGCAGUUAAAGAGAAGCUCCCUAUUGUAAUAGUUGCAGAGAAUGUCGAGCAGGAAGCCUUGGCUCCCAUUAUAAGAAACAAACUCCGGGGUGUGCUGAAGGCAGCAGUAAUUAAGGCACCCGCCUUUGGUGAGCUCAAAAGCCAUUACUUAGACGACAUUGCUGUCCUGACCGGAGGCACUGUUAUCAGAGAUGAUGCAGGGGUGACACUAGAAAAUGCUGGCGAGGAGGUAUUGGGCUCUGCUACCAAGGUCGUGAUAACAAAAGACUCAACAUUGAUAGUUACAGAUGGAAGCACUCAGGCAGCUGUUGAUUCUAGGGUUUCCCAACUGCGCAAUCUUGUUGAGAACACUGGGGAGAAGUCAUGCAGGAAAACAUUGAAUGAAAGAAUUUCAAGGUUGUCAGGAGGCAUUGCAAUUCUCCAGGUGGGAGCACAAACUGUAAUUGAGUUGAAAGAUAAGCAACUGAGGAUUGAAGAUGCUUUAAAUGCAACUAAGGCUGCAAUUGAAGAGGGUGUGGUGGUUGGUGGUGGCUGCAGCCUUUUGAGGCUAGCUACGAAGGUUGAUGAGAUUAAGGAACAUCUUGAUAAUGACGAGCAGAAGAUUGGUGCGGAAAUCUUCCGAAGAGCUUUGAGCUAUCCCAUAAGAUUAAUAGCCAGCAAUGCAGGUGUCAAUGGUAAUGUUGUGAUAAAUCAGGUGCUGUCAAAUGAUGACCCAGGAUAUGGAUAUAAUGCUGCAAAGAACAGAUACGAGGACUUGAUAACUGCAGGGAUUAUGGAUCCAACAAAGGUGGUACGAUGUUGUCUGGAGCAUUCUGCAUCAGUGGCAAAGACAUUUCUCACUUCGGAUGCUGUUGUACUCGACAUCACCGAAAAAAGGUCUCUGCCGAGGACAAUAUCGAUGCCAUCACCACCCAUUACAUCCAUCCCUGACAGACGACAAAGAGGGCUUGGACCUCUGAGAUUAUAACCACGGGACACUGCCAGAGGUUGAGGUGUAGCGUUUGAGUUUCUUCAAGCGUUCAAAUGGGAUCUCUAGCAUCAGUCAAUAGUCCGCUUGUCAAUGGCAUUCCUGCAGUUGUGAAUGGAAUUAACCUGUGACGCCAUGGGGAUCCACUGGUGGGGAGAAGAAAGAAAAGCAAACCAAUCGUGAGAUCUUAGUUUCGAUUCAUCAAAAGCACAUCAAAGCCUAGCUACGGUCCAAUUGACCUUUUGACUUGCAAAUCAUGCUUCGUGCCAUGCAUCACUAUGAUAUUAUUUACACCUAAGAAUAAAUUCACCUUAAAACAACAUUAUUGCGG